UGGACGGCAUGGGGCCGGGCAACCGAGGAGGUCCACCGCAACCUGCGACCGCAGCAUGCGAGAAGGGAUGGGGAGUCGCACUUUUGUGGGAAGAUCCUGGUUGAUGACAUGGUCCUGGUCGAACCGAUGAUUGGCUUGCGGCCCUGGGUGUCUAGCGAAGUCUAUGAGUGGGCGGUGGUAAAGCUCUUGGGAGAGAAAGCCAUCAACAAGCUGAAAGAUGCGGAGGAGGGCCAGUUCAGCAACCAACAGACAGUAUGGGGGCUCACGAUUGACGCCGACUUAGAGAAGAUGUCUUUGCCGGAGGCACGGAUCCUCAAAGGGGCCUACCUGCUGGCACAAACCCACUUCAACUAUGGCAACAAGAGCUUGCCGCUGAAGGAGCUGCAACGCUUCAGGGGGAUUGCCAAUGGGUGGAGUGCAGUCAUAGCCGGGCUACGAAAUGAGCUACGGGCGGCGGACUUGUUCCUCGGCGGUGUGGAUGGCGGUGCGGCAGUGCAGCCACGACUAUGGCAACCAGAGGGAUCGGAGAGCCGCAAGAUCGAGGAGGAGAAUGCCUGGGAGUCACUUUGGGAGCUGUUUGAGGACUGCCGGUGGCUCUGCUCUCGAUCGGAGACGUGGGCAGUGAAGUUCGGCGGAGAUAUCCGAGAGCUGCUUCCACCAAUGGAGAGGUUGGCGCUCCCGGGUCAGCAAGGAGCCGGACCAGUCUUCGUGUCAUCGGAUGCAACCCCAGAUGUCGUGGCGGCCAUCGACUGGACCAACCGCUUGGCGUGCAGGGAGUCAACCGAGCUGCUGAAGCCAUGGAUCAGACAGGUGAUCGAGGCAGAGGGCCAGGGAGAUGGCAAGCUGGCGAUCCACCUAGGGGAGACGCUCAGUUUUGUCGCGUUCGCAUGCAAGGUCGGCCGUCUCUGGGAAGGAAGGGUGGUCAUCUAUGCCGGGGACAACAAGGUGGUGUACUUUUGGAUCACCGGGCGCAAGAGUGGGGUUCGAGCGGGCAGGCUUCUGAUCCGGGUCUUGAAUUUGGUCGAGAAGCGGCACCGAUGCAGAAUCCUCGGAGGAUGGUGGCGGACCUUCCACAAUGAGGACGCGGACGCCCUGACCCGUUUGCCAGAGCCAGAGGCAGUGCAACUUAUGCGAGAGAAGGGCUGGGACAAACAGGACAUCAAGGAGAGCAUCUGUCAGGCUUUAGAGGACACAGAGCGCUUUGGCCUCUGCUUCUUGUCUUGGGCAGACCAAGAGGACCGCUAUGAGUUGAUGCGUCUUCGGGAACUGCGGGUGUUCAGAGCCAUCUUCCGUCAACCGGCUGAUCUGUCAGAGGUCGAGGUCAUUGAGUGGACCCCUGGCCAGCGGCAUGUGAGGGACUUUGAGUACUUCUCCGGUGGCAGCCCUGGGAGAUAUAAGGAAGUCUUCGACGUGGCAAUCCUCGAAGGGCCCCAGGAAGUGAUGUGGUCCCGCUUGAAUCAGUGGGCCAUUUCGGUCGGAUGGAGUUGUAGCUCCCAGGAGUUUCUCACUUCGGAGCUAGGAGAGGCCUUGGUCAGAAGGAGGAUCGCUUGCUUCCUGGCCCCUGGUGAGAAGGCGGAGGACACCAUCGAGCAUUUGAUGGUGAAGGCGGUUACAGCCCCUUCCCUGGGCUCCUACUUGAAGAAGAUCCACACGGGCAGUUGCACCCCAACGUGCAAGAUCGAGGCCGCGAUCAACCUCAGGCAAGAAGCUAUGUUGCCGAUCGUCGCGGCCCACGUAUGGCUGGAAGCCGAUGGGGAACGACACAACGUCUACUCUAUGGGUGGGCCCGGCAGGUGGCCACUGGUGGACUCCGCCGAGAAGGGCAUGCAGAAGAUCUUCGUGCAGGACAAGGCGGCACCGGUGGGGCAAGUGAGGACUUUGACCGGUGAGGAGAUCUGGGUACUCCAGGGCAGACGACUAGACGAAUGGCAGGAGCUGGUCGCCCAAAUCGGGGAGAAGGAGGCCGAACGAGAAGGAUGUAGAGCCACUGGUCGCAGAACCGCGCUCAAUCUGGUCGGGGUGGCCGCGGAGUUGGCGAAGGAGAUUCGGGAGAAUAAGGCCGGCAUGUGCGCGGACCAGGAGGACUACAAGACUCUGGGAACGCUCCUGCAGUGGCUACGCCGCUGGAGACGAGGAGAUUUCGGCAGAGCGAACCCUCAUCGCAAGGCUGGGGGCGUCGAAGCACCGACCGGGCAUGCUUGGUUUUGGGGCGAAGACCUAUGGCUGAGCGCUCUGGACGAGGUGAACGACUUCGACGGCAUCCAGGAGAGGAAAUGUGGGGGACGUCGUAAGGGCCCAGUGAAACCGGUUGUGGAGGACGGUGGCCGCUUCGUGGAUUUGAACCCCGACUUCAACCAGGACCUCGAGAUCCAAGCUCAGAUUGAGGAAUGGCUUGAGGCACACCUCACUGGGGACAAGGCCGAAAGCACACAGAAGGCCUAUCUGGCAGCCUGGCACAAGUGGUGCGAUUGGAGCAAGAGGCAAGGAUGGCUGACUCCGUAUCUCGACCACAAGGGGGACCAGAUCCAGAACGAGAACAAAGUCCUUGGCUACCUCGGGUACCUGGGUUGGUUGGGCACAUCAGUGGCCACGAUGAAGCAAGCGGUGUUCGCCAUCAAGGAUGCACACAAGCGGGCAGGGCAUGGCGACACCACCACGAAGAUGCAUCGUUUGUGGAUCGUCCUGAACUCCCUGGAGAAGCACUCCGUGAAGCGGCCCAGAAGAUUGGGAGUCACCGUGCAGAUGCUCAAGUGGCUCGGCAAGCAAUUAGCUGCGGGGGCAGAAGCCAUUGGUGAGCUGAAGGUCGAUUGCAGGAUGAUCCAGGCGGCACUCCUCACGGCAUGGUUCUUCAUGCUGCGAGCACGCGAGUUCGCGGAUUCAGGAGGAGUCGACCAGGAGAUGGUGGUCAGAGGUCAGGACAUCUCGCUGACGACCCGCGGCAAUGCAGAUGAAGAGAAGCCGGAGGAAGUCACGUUGCAGUUCCGGAAGACCAAGGCGGAUCAGGAGGCCUUCGGCACGUGCAAGACCAUGAAGGUGACCGAGAUCGAGAACGUCUGCGUGGUCACAGCUCUUCAUCGGCUUCGAAGGUCGCCCCGAGUGAUCAAACGCUUGGAGAUCCAGAACCUCCUGCAGAAGGCGGCCAAGGCCUUGGGACUCCCGGCGGAGAGGUUCCAGUCGCACUCGUUGCGGAUUGGGGGUGCCUCGGCGCUAUACCAAGCCACGGGGGAGAUUGAGGUUGUCAAGAGGACUGGAAGAUGGACGUCCUCAGCGGUGCAACGCUAUCUCCAUGAUUCAGGAGAUGUGUUGGCGGGCCUGGCUACGAAGAUGGCGACCGUCGACCAGCAUGUGCACUACACGUAG